AUGAGCGAAGAUAACGAAAAUACGGAGAUGACGAAUGGAAGUUUGAGAGGGUCGGACAUGUACAUUAAUUCGUUGCGAGUGAUUGCAAAUGAAGUGCAGCAACUGCGUGAAGAAAUUGACGAUCUCUUGUGCUCGAAAAGAGAUUAUUACGAAGUAUCAAGAUUACAACAAUCGAAGUUGUUCGAAGCCAAAAAGAUAUUUUUGGAUCUCUAUGAUGAAUUUGUAAGAAAUCGAAUCAGUUUGAUUGAUCUGUUGACAGAGAUUGCCGAAGAGGCUAAGAAUGUUAAAAAAUCCUGUAAUAUCUCCAUGAUCACUGGCAGCUCAGUGGGCUUAGCCGGAGGUAUUACGGCACUUGUAGGAACAGUCGCCUUUCCUCCCCUGUUUCUUGGAGGUUUGGUUGUAUCUGGUUUGGCAGCAAUAUCAAAUAUAGGCACCAAAUUAGCUGAGUUUGCCAUUUUUCACCAAAUGCUGAAAAAAGUAGAAGAAAAGUUGAAGAUAGAUAAUGCGAACGCAGAUGUGCUGGAAUCGGUAUAUGAAGAAAUUAAAUUGGGAACACUCUUUGAUCUUGAUAGUAUUGGCAGUCAAAAAACACUCAGCAGCCCCAACUUUGAUAUCUCGUCAUUGGGAAAGGUUGGCUCAGGAGCUGUAGCAAGUGCAGUGGGUUUGGGAUUCAGAUCACUGGGUUUGAAAUCAACAACGUUCACUACAACACUACUGAGAGGGUUCACUCGAAGUGUAAUUGGUAUAAGUAUUCUUAUCGAUGGUGUAACCAUAGUUAUUUCAACUCGUGAUCUUAACAACGGAUCACGUAACGAAUUUGCUCAAGAAGUGCUUAAGUUGGCGAAUGUGAAAAAAACUGAACUUGAUGAGUUGCGCAAAAAAGGAUUUGAAUCGAUCAAAAUGAAAAACGAGGAUGUUAAUUUUGCAUCUGUAUUAUGA